AAGGUUCUCCUAAGUUCCUAAGUUGUGUACUAUUUGGAGUCUCCACGUGACUCAAACACCCCUUUAAGCAGCUUUAUGCAAAGUUUCAUUUAUUUAUUUAUUUAUUCCCUUCUUCCACAUUCUUACUUAAAUUUAUUUUACUUUGAUUCCUCUCUAACUAUCUCCAAUGAAGCAUCAAAUUCUCUUGCUUUUCUCUCUUCUCAUUCUUUCCUCUUUCUAUGCUUCUCCUCAUCUCCUUGUACCACCAAAUGGUUCAAAACAUGGUGAAAAGGAAUUGAACGUCGUUGAUAACACUAUUCCUCAAUCAUCCACCGAAUUGAAAGAAGAUAUGCAAGAACUAAUGGGAUCAGAGGAGUGUUAUGAAAAGGAUGAAGAAUGCUUUAGAAGAAGGAUGAUUGCGGAGGCCCACUUGGAUUAUAUCUACACCCAACACCAUAAGCCUUGAAUGCACUUUAGUUUAAAUGCAGUGCAUUAAUUGAGCAUGAGUUGCUAAAUGUAAUAAAGUACUAAAUAAAUACGAAAUAUAAAUAUAAGGUGUAUCUCUGUUUUGAGGUUCAAGUUGCGACGGUUGUUAAAUAUAUGUAAAUGGCCAUUCUCCAUAACAGAGACACUUCCUUCGAUUUUAAAUAUAAAAAUAAUGUCUAAAAAAAUUUAUGUAUUUAGUUCAAA